AGUCACAUACUCGAUAUGUUAUACCCAUAAUUUACAAGCAGAUGGAAGUUUAGGGGAAAUUCACAAACAAGUACUUGUGUAUUUUUAUGUUUAGACAUCAGGCAGUGGAACUGCAAAAAAGCCUAAAGUAUAAGUUGAGGCUCGAUUAUUUCAAGGUUGCAUCUUUUAGGCAUUGUGAGGAUUAUCUAUACAAGUAUACUUUGGGAGUACAGUAUUUCAAUCUCCUGGGAAGGUUUUAUCCAAUAUCUUUCAAUGCCGCAGGUCUUUUUUUGGUUGUGACAAAAACAAGGUGAUAUUUCUGUCAAAGGUAUAUAAGUUGACAAUAUAAUUCCCAUCCGAUUAUCAGCUUCCCAGAGUAUCAUGCACGGUACUAAUAUUCAAGCAAAUUAUUGAAUUCGUGUAUUUCAGGUUUAUCUUCAAAAUAGAAAGUAUUAUGUUUAUUUAUAUUUAUAAUAAUUAUAAAUUUAUCAACGAAUUAAAAUGUAUGAAUUCAAUCCAUUCUAUCUCUUUGUAAAAAAGGCGAUAAAAAAGUCGUGCAAUAAUAUUUCAUGAUGAAUUAUUUAAACAUUAUGAGAAUAAUAAUGAAUGUCAUUUCAUGUCUAAAACCAAUUGAAUAUGCCGGGAGACAUUUUUCAUGACUUUUCAUGUAAAAAAAAACUUGAUGGUUUCGUUUUUGACAGGUACAUUAUAAUAAACACAAAAAUUAAGGGUAAGCAGGAAAUUGCAUUUUCUAGUGAUUCGAAUAUAAAAUGCUUUUUGUUGUGGCCGUCUUAGUGCUAAAUUUCAUCUUCAGCAUUGGAGUUAUUUUCACAAAUAAAUUUCUAUACAAAUACUACAAUGUUCCUCCAAUAUCACUUGCCAGUGCUCAUUUCGCAGCUACUUUCACGGGACUGACGACGUUCUGGUUACUUGGUGGAUUUAAAAUAAAGCAUAUCAAGUUCAUUAAAGUACUUCCCAUAUCCAUUGCUUUCAGUAGCUCGGUUGUUUUCACAAAUUUCUCAUUGAAAUACAAUUCCGUUGGAACAUACCAGAUUUUGAAAUGUCUCGGAGAUCCAAUGUUAAUUGUUCUACAGACGUUUAUGUAUAAUAAAACGUAUCCAGCAAAUAUUAAAAUGACUUUGGGCAUCAUGGUGUGUGGUAUUGUACUUAAUUCAAUGUUUGAUGUGACAUUCAACAUGGUUGGAAUCAUAUUUGCAAUGGUUGCUGUCGUUGCUUCUACUUUUUAUAUAUUGUGGAUUGAGAAAAAGCAAGAAGAACUAGAAGUUACCCCGUUACAAUUACUUAUGUAUCAAGCUCCCACUUCUUCAAUGCUUUUAAAUUCUGUUGUUUUAUUUAUUGAACCACCUUGGGAAGAACAUGGGAUAUUAUGCGGGUUGCAUGAAUCAGUGGCAGUCGUAUUCGUAUCGAUGGUGAUGGCCUGUGGAGUAAACAUUACAGUGUUUUAUAUCAUACGACAUACAUCAGUCGUCACAUAUGCUGUGUUUUCGAAAUUAAAAACUUGCGUCGUGAUUCUUGGAGGAGCUGUUAUAUUAUCACAAGAAGCUCAGGAACCUGUUCAAAUAUUGGGAAUUGUACUAACUUUAAUUGGAACAAUAAUUUAUACGAUUAUAAAGUUGAGAAAUAUUAGGACAAAUCAUCUUGAUUCACAGGACGCGUCACAAAAGGACCCGCCUUCUUCAAAAUCAAAUUUAAAGCAAAUUUCAAUAGAGGUAAUUCCGAAAAAACAUCAAAGUAUUGCUAAUUUAAUCAGUACUGAAUAUGAAAAGUCCAUUUAAUGCGAUUCUUGCGCUGAUACAAUGCUGGAUAUGACAAAAGCUGGCUGAUAAACAAGCUCAUGUUUGCAUGUGAAAAUGCAGAUCGUUGAAAACGUAAAAUACCAAAAUCAAUCCCCGUGGGAUUAUAAUGGGGUUUCCCCAACAGAGCGCAGAUCGCUGAACAGCGAAAGCUGUGAAGUUUAAUUACAACAAUGAAGAAUACGUUUAAAAUAAAUCUACCCUUAGGCUGCAUGUAUAAUUGAGAAAAUGUACUUGUAUGCAGAACAGCUAGCCACUAUUUUCAGGGUAUGCAAUUUGUUUUUUUACGUUUAUAGAUUUUUGAUUGAUGAUUUAAAUAAUGAAUUUUAGUUUUUUACAACAUAUAUAUUUACACAUACACCAUACGUUUUUUAUGCCGCCAUAAAGCAAAACUCGAAAAAUAAAGUUUUUAUCUGGUAUGUUA